ACCUGCAAGUCAAGACUGAAAUAUAGGAGUCAUAAGACCUCUAUUCUUCACGAUCUGAACCAUUUUAACCUUCAAAAUGUAAUUAGUCGACAAAAAUUCUCUCCAAAUUGUAUACCAUUUGUUUAUACGUAUAUCAUCAAGGUAUAUUCUUCGUAUUUUUCUUUUGUUCUGUACACAUAUUCUUCACCAAGAUUAUGAACAAUCUUUUCUGUUAUAUAUAUCCCAAGAUCUUAACUGGGUUUUCUCCAUCAUCUCCAUUUCCAUUCCCUUCUAUCGGAGAAGAGGAAAAAGGCUAGUAGUAGUACAUCAUCAUCGACAAGAAGAAAAACAAAAACAAGAAAUGGGUCUAUUUUCUUUGUUUGUUACUCUGUUUCUGAUUUUGAAUGUAGCAGUGAUUUGCAAUGGAGGAAUCACUAGUAAAUUUGUUAGGAAAGUUGAGAAAACUAUUGAUAUGCCACUCGAUAGUGAUGUCUUUUCUGUUCCUCCUGGUUAUAACGCUCCUCAACAGGUUCAUAUAACUCAAGGAGAUCAUGAUGGAAAAGGAGUUAUUGUAUCUUGGGUUACUAUGGAUGAGCCUGGUUCAAAUAAAGUGCUCUACUGGAGUGAAAAGAGCAAGGAUAAACACCAUGCCAGGGGUCACAUGGUUACUUACAGAUUUUACAAUUAUACUUCUGGUUUUAUUCAUCAUUGUACCAUCAAUCAUUUGGAGUAUGACACAAAAUACUACUAUGUUGUUGGUCUUGGACUGACAGAGAGGCAAUUCUGGUUCACUACACCUCCUAAAGUUGGUCCUGAUGUUCCUUACACUUUUGGUCUCAUCGGAGAUCUUGGUCAAAGUUUUGAUUCGAAUAAAACACUUUCGCAUUACGAAUCAAGUCUAUCAAAGGGACAGACAGUUUUGUUCGUUGGUGAUCUCUGUUAUGCAGAUCAAUAUCCCCUGCAUGACAAUAAUAGGUGGGAUACAUGGGGUAGAUUUGUGGAGAGAAGUAAUGCGUACCAAUCUUGGAUAUGGACUGCAGGAAACCAUGAGAUUGAUUUCCUUCCUGAAUAUGGUGAAACUGUACCUUUUAAGCCCUAUACUAACCGGUAUCCUGUUCCAUAUCGAGCAUCUGGAAGUACUGCUCCGUUUUGGUAUUCGAUCAAGCGAGCUUCAGCCUACAUCAUUGUCCUUGCUUCAUAUUCAGCAUAUGGCAAAUACACACCUCAAUACAAAUGGCUUGAGGAGGAGUUUCCGAAAGUGAAUAGGACUGAAACACCAUGGUUGAUAGUGCUGAUGCACUCACCAUGGUAUAACAGUUACAACUAUCAUUAUAUGGAAGGUGAAACUAUGAGGGUGAUGUACGAGCCAUGGUUUGUUAAAUACAAGGUUGAUGUUGUAUUUGCAGGCCAUGUUCAUGCCUAUGAAAGAUCUGAACGUGUAUCAAACAUUGCAUACAACAUUGUGAACGGUGUUUGCAACCCUGUGAGUGAUCAAUCUGCUCCUGUAUACAUUACAAUUGGUGAUGGAGGAAAUCUAGAAGGACUUGCAACGAACAUGACAGAACCACAACCAAAGUACUCAGCAUAUCGUGAAGCCAGUUUUGGCCAUGCUAUUUUUGACAUUAAGAAUCGAACCCAUGCAUAUUACGGUUGGCACAGGAAUCAAGAUGGAGUUGCUACAGCGGCUGAUUCUAUGUGGUUUUUCAAUAGAGUCUGGUACCCUGAGGCUGAACACCCGGUACCAAGACAUUUAGCUUGGUAAAGUGUUUAUUUCACCAGAUUCAAUUACAGAGACUGAAGGUGUUUUGAAAAUAAGAUUCCAGAAUGAAUGCAGAUAAUAUUUCUGUAAAAUCAAGUUCUGAGCACCUAUUUAUGCAUCUGUGUAUGUUGAUGUAUGUGGCAACUUAUGGCUAUGGCCGAUCUAUGUACUGCUAUUUAAGUGUGUUUUGUGUAUAUACUUGAUGAAAUACUCGGCAAACACAGCUCAGCCUCAAUGUACUUACUUUAUGUAAUAACUUGUAUUAAGGGAUUGUAUGAGUAAAUUUGUGUA